AAUAAUAUUAUUUUCAAGUGUCUCUCUGUCUCUCUCUACUCUAUGACCUUAUAUAGAUAACUUACUUCCAAGGUUAGAAACGCAAGGAAGAUUGCAAGGACUAAUUCACGGUUACUGUUCACGGGGGCGGCUUUGACUACUAAAACUCUGAAUGCAUUCACUAUAUAUAAUAACGCCCACUCUCCCACCUUUGCUUGCUCCAUUGGCCUCUCCCCUUCUCCUGAUCUCCUGAUCUCUCCUCUCUCUCUCUCUCUCUCUCUCUCUCUGCUUCUCUUCUUCUUUAAAUUUCCUGUGUGUUAGUGGUUGGAAGGAUCAAGAAGACAUGGAAGCUCAAGAGGAAGUCAUGGGGUCCAACGACCUAUCACAUAUCGUCAAGGGUAGGCGCACCAAGCGGCAAAGGGCAACUUCUCCUCUUGCGUUAGCGAUGAACAAUACUACAAGCUCAUCCAGCGCAGGUGGUAGUGGUGGUGGCGGUGGCGGAGGAGGAGGAGGAGAGGAUGAUUGUAAUUUCCCAUCCCCGACAACGAGCUCGACGGAAUUAUUUGCAGGUCAUGAGAGUACGGAGGAAGAAGAGGAUAUGGCCAAUUGCCUAAUUCUACUCGCUCAGGGUCAUGUUCGCGAAAAUUCAAAACCAAUUGGUGGUAGUGGUGGCGGUGGUGGUGAAAGAUUCAGUAGCCGAAGAUUUGCUGAGGCGGCAACAACCACAGCAGGCAAAGCAGGUUUCUAUGUAUAUGAGUGUAAAACUUGCAAUCGUUGCUUUCCUUCAUUCCAAGCUCUUGGAGGUCACAGAGCAAGUCACAAGAAGCCUAAGGCCAUGGCAACAGAAGAGAAUAAGAAAGCAUCAACAUCACUCAUGACUUUAUCUCCUGAGGAAGAUCAUGAAGCCCAAUUCAAUACCAAUAGCCCUCCUCUCCCUCCUUCCAUGCUCAACAGUUUCAACAACAAUAACAACAACAGAGCCUUGUACAGUAAUAACAACAACAACAAUAAGUCCAGAGUCCAUGAGUGCUCCAUAUGCGGCUCUGAAUUCUCAUCAGGCCAAGCCUUAGGUGGUCACAUGAGAAGACAUAGAACCGCCGGCGCCGCUGGGCCAACCACCACCAAUACAAGUAUCACCGCAACAAAGAUGACUUCGACACCGCCGGCGUCCGAAUCACCACCAAGAAACGUGUUGCAGUUAGAUCUCAACCUUCCGGCGCCAUCCGAAGAAGAUCACCAUCACCCAGAAUCCAAAUUCUCCUUCACUUCAAAACCACAACAACCACCACCACCACCACCUCCUACUCUCCUCUUCUCCGCAUCUGCUUUGGUAGAUUGCCAUUACUAGCAGUGAAAGUGAUCAAAAGGGUCCUCUGCUCAGUCUUCAUAUUGAUCUGGGAACCGGAUCAUCACUGCAGGCAUUUUUUUUUUUUCAUUAAACCCAAAAUUUUUAUGAUUCAAGAAACCCAUUAUUUUUUUUUAAUUAUAAUUUAUAUAAUUUUAUGGUCGGUUCUUUGGA